UGGAACGUUCUCCACAGUCCUGGUCCCCAAAUUUGGGAGACCACCUUUGGCCACGGGGACUGUCCGUCGAGGCCAGCCGCUGUGUGAAGUGCCUCAAAGGCUAGUCAUCAGGCCCCAGCCAACUUUCCAAAGGGAAAUCCCUGUCCUCUGCUGUGUCCCCCUCGGUAGGCCCCAGCAGCCCAGAGCCAUCCCGCCUGUGGGCAGCCAGAACAAGGCCAGGGGGUGAGUCCAUGCAAACUAGGUCCCCUAGCGCCCCCUACAGCUGCUGUGGGGUUGGAGAUGGGGAUCGGGUCUGGGAGAGGGAGCUGAGGCUGUGAGCACCACACCCAGACCCCACCCAGAUCAUAGAGCACCCAGCCCCCAGGCCACAGAAACGGGGCGGGGGCCAGAGCCAGGGGUAUCCCUGGCCACCAAGAUUGCUCUGCCUGUGGCCACCAAUUCCCCUCCUCCCCUGGCGUCCCUCUCUCCGCCCCUGUCGUCUGCCAGCACCAGACACGCUGCUGCACUUCAUCUCUUGGGGCGCUCUUCGCCUUGGCCAACAGUCGCAUCCUGUGCAACUCGGGUCAGUGGCCGUUUGGUGUUGAAUGUUCCCCAACAAGAGUGCAUGGCCGCGGAAGCCAGGCGCAGACCGGGGCCCCGAGGGGUCGCCCUCCGGGAAGCGGUGAUGUUGUUGUUGUACCUGGGGGUGCCGGCCGGGCACCCCUACAACCUGGACGCGGAGAGUGCUCUGCUGUACCAGGGGCCCUCCGGCACGUUGUUCGGCUACUCCGUGUUGCUGCACAGCCACGGGGCAAAGCGCUGGCUCCUCGUGGGCGCUCCCACUGCCAGCUGGCUCUCCAAUGCCUCAGUGGUCAAUCCCGGGGCGAUUUACAGAUGCAGGAUCGGAGAGAAUCCAGGCCAGACCUGCGAACAGCUCCAGCUGGGUAGCCCCGGCGGAGAGCGGUGUGGAAGAACCUGCCUGGAAGAGAGAGAUAACCAGUGGCUGGGGGUGACGCUUUCCAGACAGCCAGGUGAAAACGGAUCUGUCCUGGCCUGUGGGCAUAGGUGGAAAAAUAUAUUUUACAUGAAGAAUGAAAAUAAGCUCCCCACUGGCGUUUGCUACGCCGUGCCUUCUGACUUGCGGACAGAACUGAGUAAGAGGAUGGUUCCCUGUUACCAAGAUUUUGUGAAAAAUUUUGGAGAAAGGUUUGCAUCGUGUCAAGCUGGAAUAUCUAGUUUUUACACACAGGAUUUAAUCGUGAUGGGGGCCCCGGGAUCAUUUUACUGGACUGGCUCUGUCAUCGUCUACAGUAUCACUGCAAACAAUUACAAGGCGUUCGUAGACAGACAGAAUCAAGUAAAAUUUGGAAGUUACUUAGGCUACUCAGUUGGAGCCGGUCAUUUUCGAAGUCCACAUACCACCGAAAUCGUGGGAGGAGCCCCUCAACAUGAACAAAUAGGAAAAGCAUAUAUAUUCAGCAUCGAAGAAAAGGAACUGCACAUCAUCCAUGAAAUGAAAGGUAAAAAGUUUGGCUCAUACUUUGGAGCUUCUGUCUGUGCGGUGGACCUCAACGCGGACGGCUUCUCAGAUCUCCUGGUCGGGGCUCCCAUGCAGAGCAGCAUCAGGGAGGAAGGGAGAGUGUUCGUGUACAUCAACUCCGGCUCGGGAGCGGUAAUGGACGAAAUGGAAGCAGUACUCGUCGGGAGUGACAAAUAUGCCGCAAGGUUUGGGGAGUCUAUAGCAAAUCUUGGUGACAUUGACAAUGACGGCUUUGAAGAUGUUGCCAUUGGGGCUCCACAAGAAGAUGACCUGCGAGGAGCCAUCUACAUUUACAAUGGCCGAGAAGAUGGGAUCUCACCCACCUACUCACAGAGAAUCGAGGGACUUCAAAUCAGCAAAUCGCUACGGAUGUUUGGACAGUCUAUCUCGGGACAAAUUGACGCAGAUAACAAUGGCUACAUUGAUGUAGCAGUUGGUGCUUUUCAGUCUGAUUCUGCCGUGUUACUAAGGACAAGGCCCGUGGUGAUUGUUGAAGCUUCUCUAAGCCAUCCCGAGUCAGUAAAUAGAACAAAGUUUGACUGCACUGAAAAUGGACUUCCCUCUGUGUGCAUGAGUCUAACCCUGUGCUUCUCAUAUAAGGGCAAAGAGGUCCCAGGCUACAUUGUUUUGUUUUACAACAUGAGCUUGGAUGUGCACAGAAAGGCAGAGUCUCCAUCAAGAUUUUACUUCUCCUCCAAUGGCACUUCCGACGUGAUCACAGGAAGCAUACAGGUUUCAAGCAGUGCAGAGAAAUGUCGGACACACCAGGCGUUCAUGCGGAAAGAUGUGCGAGACAUCCUCAGCCCUGUUGAGGUGGAGGCCGCUUACCACCUGGGGCAUCACGUGAUCACCAAACGAGACACGAAGGAACUACCACCACUGCAGCCAAUCCUUCAGCAGAAGAAAGAGAAGGACAAAAUCAGAAAAACGAUAAACUUUGCAAGGUUUUGUGCCAAUGAAAAUUGUUCUGCUGAUCUGCAAGUUUCUGCAAAAAUUGGAUUUUUAAAGCCGUAUGAAAACAAAACCUACCUUGCGGUUGGGAGCAUGAAGACCAUAAUGCUAAAUGUGUCCUUGUUCAAUGCUGGGGACGACGCUUACGAAACCUCUCUGCACAUCCAGCUCCCCACAGGCCUUUAUUUCAUUAAGAUCUUAGACCUGGAAGAGAAACAAAUAAACUGCGAAGUGACAGAGAGCUCAGGCAUAGUGAAACUUGCCUGCAGCCUUGGUUACAUAUAUGUGGACCGGCUGUCAAGGAUAGAUGUAAGCUUUCUCCUGGAUGUGAGCUCCCUCAGCAGGGCACAUGAGGACCUCAGCAUCUCCGUGCACGCCUCCUGUGAGAAUGAAGGCGAAAUGGACAAAGUGAAGGACAACAACGUGACGUUAGUGAUACCCCUCCGGUAUGAGGUCAUGCUGACUGUCCAUGGGUUUGUGAACCCCACUUCCUUUGUGUAUGGAUCAAGUGAGGAGAACGAGCCGGAAACGUGCAUGGCAGAGAAGCUGAACCUCACUUUCCAUGUUAUAAACACUGGCAUUAGCAUGGCUCCAAAUGUUAGUGUGAAAAUCAUGGUACCCAAUUCUUUUCUCCCUCAAAAUGACAAGUUGUUCAACGUUUUAGCUGUCCAGGCAACUUCUGGGCAAUGCCAUUUCAAUCGCUAUGACAGUGAGUGCGCAUCGAAGCAGCAAAAGGGCAUAGCAGAGACCUUGACAGACAUACUCAAAUUCCUCUCAAAGACUGAUAAGAGACUCGUGUAUUGCAUGAAAGCGGAUCUACACUGUUUGGGUUUCUUGUGCAAUUUCGGAAGAAUGGAAAGCGGAAAAGAAGCCAGUGUUCACAUUCAGCUGGAAGGCAGGCCGUCUCUCUUGGAAAUGGAUGAGACUUCAUCACUCAAGUUUGAAAUAGAAGCAACAGCGUUUCCAGAGCCACACCCUAAAGUUAUUGAAUUGAAUAGGGAAGAGAAUGUUGCCUAUGUUUUCCUGGAAGGUCUCCAUCAUCAAAGACCCAAACGGCAGUUCACCAUCGUGAUCAUUACCAGCAGCUUGCUGCUCGGGCUUAUUGUGCUCUUAUUAAUUUCAUGUGUCAUGUGGAAGGCUGGGUUCUUCAAAAGGCAGUAUAAGUCUAUUCUACAAGAAGAGAACAGGAGAGACAGCUGGAGUUACGUCAACAGCAAAAGCAACGAUGAUGAACUUUUAAAUGGAGAGAACUGAAAAGGAAAGACUCAGGUCAGGGAAACUAUCCUGUUCAUAAGACCCAGGAGUACAUCUCCCUUUUUGUGUACUUACGAUUUUGUGACCUACUCUGCCUUCAUGCGGGAGAACUCUUCAAGAAAGAAAAUAGACAAGGUUGCUUUCUUUCAGCAGUGGAGAAAAACACUAAAGUUCUUGAUUUACUCCACAAAGGAGAACACCCAAAACCAGCUUGAAGUGAAAGCAACUCCAUGUUUAGCCAGACCACCUUAAACAGAGCAAUCUUUAACAGCGGAAAAUUGACUAGGUGCUCUUACCUCAGUGAACUAAAUGCCACGGAUUGGCGACUUGUUGGUUCCAACACACUUUUGAAACCACAUAAACUCUUCCAGAGAGCGUUGUCCAGAUUUUCUAAUGGAUAAAUCAUUCAGAAGUGGAAGACGUGAAGACUGCCAUCGGUGACUUGAUGUCACUGACCUGUGGCCCUACUGCCCUUUUUUUCUGCAGGUAUUAAUUUUAAAAUCCUGAAGAAUAAAAUCCAUAAGAGCAGGCUGGCCUUCUGGAGAAGUGGCCAGCUGUGGACUCAUCUUUGUAUGUAUAUAGGCUUUUCUAAAGAAUACAAAUAUCAAUCCGCUUUUUUUUUUCUUUAUUAAGAGCACCCAGGAAUAUUUUUAUUUUUUUCAAAUUCUCAUUUGUAAAACCAAUUCUUAAGAGUUUAAUCCUCAUAGCAGAUUAUAAACGUUGCACUUUAGCUGAUACACACUGAUAUAAUAUGAACUGCAGCUCGCUCAUGAUUUAAUAUCGUGCAGAGAGAGAUUUGGGAGCCAAUAGUUCAUAAAACAGUCCCUGUUUCAAAGUAAGCAGAUACGAGUAUCUUUAGGACAGUGUUGCUUUUCUUGUUCCGGUUAAAUCUAUAUUAACCAGGAGUGUAAAGAAAGAUAUUCUGUUAUGGAAAUGGAAAAACCAUUUUAAAGGCAGAACUGUAAGUCACUGAUUCAGCUUGUGUGCAGUGACAAAGUAAAUGUGGCUGGCGUAAAGUUCCCAUAAGGUUUGUAUGUUUGAUGCUGUUGCACAGGGGUCUAUUUUAAAAUGAAAUAAUCUCUACCUGGGUUUUAUGGAAUUUGUUUGUAAUUACAACCUUUUUGUAGUGUUUACAAUCAUUUUUUGUAGUAUUUAUUUCCUAUAUGUGGCUUGAUAAAUGUAAAUAUUCAUCUGGAUCUGUUACAUGGAAGAAAGCUAUGGCCUGAUUUUGAACCUGUGUUGGAUGAAAGGGGCAGCCAUCACUGCUGUGAAGAGGAACUCUCCAGUGGCUGCUGGCCCUUCCUCGGAUCUCCUGAUCCUCGAGCCCCUGGUCUGUGGCUGGAGAGCAGGGUGUGUGCCAAGGCUUGUGGUCUCGCUUCUGCGUGAUGAAAUGAGCACACAGCGUCAACUCCAGGUGCACAAAAACCAUGUUUAAUUGAAUGUUUGUAUCUUAAAGGAUGCUUAUUUGUGUGUAAAAGCUAUGGGUUUAUGGUUUUUCUCAUCAAAUUCAAAUAGUUAAUUCACAAAAUGUCAAAAAUAAUACAUGAAAAUCAAUCUCAGUUUAGAUCUACCUUUUAAAGGGAGGGUCUCUGGGGAAAUGUAAAUUUGGAUCAGUUCACUGGAAACUGACUGCUGUGAUUGGCCAAGCACUGCCUUUCAGGUCAAAAGGAACCCCGCCUGUGCUGUUGGUGUUCUGGUCAGGAAGUUGUCUCCUGUGCCAAUGAGGUCAAGGCUCUUCCCCACUUUUUCUUAUAACAGGUUUAGUGUGUCUGGUUUUCUGUUGAGGUCUUUGAUCCACUUGGACUUUAGUUUUGUGCAGGCGAUAAAUGUGGAUCUAUUUACAUUUUUCUACAUGUAGACAUGCAGUUGGACCAGCACCAUUUGUUGAAGAUGUUGUCUGUUUUCCAUUGUAUGGUUUUGGCAUUUUUGUCAAAAAUCAAGUAUACAUAGGUGUAUGGGUUUAUUUCUGGAUCUUCUAUUUAAUUCCAUUCAUCCACCAUUCUAUUUCUAUGCCAGUACCAUGCAGUUUUUAUUACUAUUGCUCUGCAGUACAGCUUGAGAUCAGGGAUGGAGAUACCUCGAGACUAUCCUGUUGUACAGGAUUCACAAUUCUGGGUCUUUUGUUCUUCCAUAAGAAAUUGAAAAUUGUUCUUCCAGUUCUGUAAAGAAUUGUGUUGGUAUUUUAAUGGAAAUUGCAUUGAAGCUAUAGAUUGCUUUUUGCAGGAUGGCCAUUAAUAAUCAAUAAAUGGAACUGAACCUCA